AUGCGCAGGCACGAUAUCGCCACGGAGUCCGGAGACGGGAGCUCCGGAAUGCGCCCGCUGUUAUCGACAGGGACCAAGAAAAAAGAAGGAAAAUUCCAAAAAAACGUGGCCAGAUUCGCCCAUCUGGCAGCCGCGAAUUUUCAGCUCACCGGGUUAUCGGCCGCCAAGAUACGGACCAAACUCGGAACCAGCAGUUCCCUAGUUCAGCGUGCAGUCUUCUUGCAGCGAUUAUUCGACAGGACCUUGAACCGCCUCUCGGCCAUUCAUAGUGCGCACACGGCCUGGCUGUUCUUUGAUCGACCCUAUUAG